AUGGCAGAAGCUGCUCCAGCCCCUGCUACGGCCCCAGUGAAGUCCCCUAAGAAGAAGGCACCCCGACCCAAGAAAACUGGACCAAGUGUGGGAGAGCUCGUUGUCAAGGCUGUCUCUGCCUCUAAAGAGAAGAAAGGAGUAUCGCUGGCUGCCCUGAAGAAGGCUCUAGCGGCUGGUGGAUACGAUGUGGAGAAAAACAACGCUCGUGUCAAGGUGGCUAUAAAGAGUUUGGUCACAAAGGGAACUUUGGUCCAGAUUAAAGGAACCGGCGCUUCUGGCUCCUUCAAGCUGAACAAGGAAAAGGCGGUGGAAAAGAAGCCCGCUAAAAAGACAGCACCUAAAGCGAAGAAGCCAGCAGCGAAAAAACCUGCCGUGGCUAAGAAGCCCAAGAAGGCAGUAGCAAAGAAGCAGGCGGCCGCCAAAAAGACUCCAAAGAAGGCAGCCAAGAAGCCUGCCACACCGAAAAAAGCAACGAAGAGCCCAAAAAAAGCCAAGAAGCCUGCUGCACCCAAGAAGGCAGCGAAGAGCCCCAAGAAAGUCAAGGCAACGAAACCCAAGGUGGCUAAGCCUAAAGCUGCCAAACCCAAAAAGGCUGCACCCAAGAAGAAGUAAAUGUGCAGAUUGUUUUAU